AUGAUACCCUGGAUGCGCGAAAAGUUCAAUGAGAAGCGCGCCAAAUGGUUAGCACGCAACAAGCAGCGCAGCAACACAACAAACGAAACCGAAACAAAUUCCGAUUCAAGUCGACGCACUGUCACCAGCAGCAGAGUCAGCGGCAGUGCCAAUGGCAGUGCCAGCGGCAGCGAUGCAGGCAGCAGCCUUAGCCUGCGCAGCGGCAGCCAGGUGCAAACGACGGAGAUGGAAACGCAAACGGAUGUCGCUGACGUCGGCGUCGCCGUCGGUGGCGGCAUUUGCGUUCUGCGCACUCCGUCGCCGGCACGCAGGCGGCGCAUUCAAUUGGAGCUGCAGCUGCAGCAGGAACAGAAGGUCAAGCAUGCGGAACAGCAGGCGAAUGCUUUGUUUCUUAGGAAAAACCAUGCCAGGCUAGCGUCAGCCUCAACCUCGGUUGUUGAUGAUCCGGAUGUGGGCAAAGCUGGCGCAACAAUAACCGUGCGUGUUAUCUGUCCUAGUUCCCGUGUCCUCAUCUUCAAAACGGACAUCAACAAGCGCCUGAACGAUCUCAAGAGUGAAGUCAUCUUGGAGCUGAGCGAUGAUCCAGAGUCGAUACAGCUAUUUGCGCCCGAUGUGCGUCACUUGAAUCCACGCUAUCGCCUCUUCAAGGCGGAAUACUGUGGCGGGGAACUCAACGAGGCGCAGACACUUGCUCAGCUGCAUGUGCGCGACAAUGAGACCUUCAUCCUGUCACCCAGGCGAAACACCCUGCCACAGACUGUGACGCGCACUCGCGAGGUGCCUGGACCAAACGAUGCGCUGCUGGAGAGUGCAACGCGCUUUGUGCACGCCAACACCAACUCGCUGCCUAUCAUCGACAUCAAUGAGAUCUUUCAGCAGUCGAAUAUACAAUACGAUGUGCGCAAGGUGCUCAUCUCGCUCGCUCAGGCUUCGGCUGCCAUUAUCGGAGCUGGGCCGUUUGCACCACGUUUGAUUAGCAUGCUGAAGCAGCGCUUGGUCAAUCGUCGCAAUCAUCAAGCGGAUACGCUGCAGUGCCUCGUUGACAUGGGCUUCACCCGUGAGAUUUCUGCCCAGGCUUUGCGUUCCAAUAAUGGCGUAUAUUCAACUACCUUGGAGUGGCUCAUACAGAAUCAAAGGGAGGAGGAGGGCGGCUCAAGCUCCGUAACGGCGCCCAUGAAUAUGCAUCAAAGUGUCUCCUCCAUAUCGCCCUCAACCAUAGUUACCGAUAAUGAGACCAUUGAGAACACGGCUGCUCUUUUGCAAAUUGUGCGCAUCUACAGCCAUCGCGAUACGCCGCCAAAUGACGAGAUUGUCGAGUCCUUGACUGAAAUGGGCUUUGAAGAGGAUGCCGUGCUUGCCGCGCUCAGGAAGACGGGCAACAACAAGGCCUCCGCCUGUGACUGGCUGUGCGAAAAUCGCUCGGGCAGUGUCAUUGAGCUGCGCGAGGGUCUCGCUCCCGAUUCCCCAAUACUUAAAGUAAUACUGGAAAUGCCGCAAGUGCAAUUGACGCUGAGCAAUCCGAAAACCUUUUUGGCCUUUUUGGCCAUACUGGAGAACGAGAAUGCGAUACGCGUGUGGCGCGGCGACAAUGACACCACCUCCGUUAUCACACAUAUCCUGCAGAAGUAUCAUGAGGAGAAGCAUGUGAUGGGCAUCAAUCAGUUCUACGUCAAUCGCUGGUGAAGUCGAAUGCUUUUUAAUAGUGGCCUAAUUAUUGAGAUUAACCAAAUUCUAUUUAUACAUGCAUAUAUACAUAUACAAUUACCUAUAGAGAGAGAGACAAGCAAACACA